GAACACAAGAUCGGAUUACAAGAUGGCGGUCUGUGGACGUUAAGCGAGAAGGCCGUCGGAGUUGUUGUGUUCUCUGUGAAAUCUACUGUUUUGAUUGUUAAAAAAAACAACAAACGACGGCCUCCCCAGUUGAGUCGUCUCACAAAGCGUGGUCGGGAUGUGUUUAUGAAAACAACCACGGACACGUUUCACCACCACGUGCGUGUUUUUAUAACAUGCGGGAGGGAACAAAGUUAACAGGUCGAGGCUAGCAAGACAGCGAGACGGUUAGCUCGUUAGCAUAGCCUGCUAGCCUGCUAGCUCCGGGGUAGCGUCAGCCAUGUCGGACACUCGGCGGCGGGUGAAGGUGUACACGCUGAACGAAGACCGGCAGUGGGACGACCGGGGCACUGGACACGUGUCCUCCACGUUUGUUGAACGCCUGAAGGGGAUCUCGUUGUUGGUUCGGGCCGAAUCCGACGGAUCUCUGCUAUUGGAGUCGAAGAUAAGCCCGAAUACUGCAUAUCAGAAACAACAGGACACACUGAUUGUCUGGUCGGAAGCAGAUAAUUAUGACCUUGCCCUUAGUUUCCAGGAAAAGGCGGGCUGCGAUGAGAUUUGGGAGAAGAUUUGCCAGGUUCAAGGCAAGGACCCUGCCCUGGACAUCACCCAGGACCCUAUUGAUGAGUCAGAAGAGGAGCGCUUCGAGGAGAUUCCAGAGACAAGCCACCUGGUGGAGCUCCCUCCUUGUGAGCUAAGCCGACUGGAGGAGAUCGCUGACCUGGUGACCUCUGUUCUCUCUUCGCCCAUCCGGAGGGAAAAACUCGCCCUGGCCCUGAUGAGUGAGGGCUACAUCAAGAAACUCCUGGGUCUCUUCAGAGUGUGUGAGGACCUGGACAACAGGGAAGGUCUACAUCACCUCUAUGAGAUUGUCCGUGGUGUCUUGUUCCUGAAUAAAGCGGCCCUCUUUGAGGCGAUGUUCUCUGAUGACUGUAUCAUGGAUGUGGUGGGCUGCCUCGAGUAUGACCCGGCGCUGGUUCAGCCUAAACGGCACCGGGAAUUCUUGACCAAGACAGCUAAGUUUAAGGAGGUGAUCCCUAUCACGGACUCUGAGCUGCGGCAAAAGAUCCACCAAACCUACCGGGUGCAGUACAUCCAGGACAUCAUCCUGCCCACGCCGUCUGUUUUUGAGGAGAACUUCCUGUCCACGCUCACCUCCUUCAUCUUCUUCAACAAGGUGGAGAUCGUCAGUAUGUUGCAGGAGGACGAGAAGUUCCUAACGGAGGUCUUUGCACAGCUCACAGAUGAAGCCACAGAAGACAGUAAAAGAAGAGAGCUCGUGAACUUUGUCAAGGAAUUCUGUGCUUUUUCUCAAACGUUGCAGCCACAAAACAGGGACGCUUUCUUCAAAACUCUGGCAAAUCUAGGCAUUUUACCUGCUCUUGAAAUAGUCAUGGGAAUGGAUGACCUGCAGGUGAGGGCGGCAGCUACAGACAUCUUCUCUUACCUGGUGGAAUUCAGCCCCUCCAUGGUCCGGGAGUUCGUCAUGCAGGAGCCACAGCAGACAGACGACGAUGUUCUGCUGAUAAAUGUUGUGAUCAAGCAGAUGAUUUGUGACUCUGACCCAGAGUUAGGAGGUGCUGUCCAGCUGAUGGGUCUGCUCAGGACGCUCAUCGACCCUGAGAACAUGCUGGCUUCCACAAAUAAAACUGAAAAGACUGAAUUUCUGAGUUUCUUCUACAAGUACUGCAUGCAUGUCCUGACUGCUCCUCUGCUGGCCAACACUGCACAUGACAAAAUCUGUAAAGAUCUGCAGGAGGGAUCAGCGAAGAUCAACCCCGUCUGUCCAGACAACUUCCAGACAGCUCAGCUGCUGGCACUGAUCCUGGAGCUCCUGACCUUCUGUGUGGAGCACCACACCUAUCACAUCAAGACCUACAUCAUGAACAAAGACCUGCUCAGGAGAGUGCUGGUGCUCAUGAACUCAAAACACACCUUCCUUGCUCUUUGUGCCCUGCGUUUCAUGCGCAGAAUCAUUGGUCUGAAGGACGAGUACUACAACCGCUACAUCAUCAAAGGGAACCUGUUUGAACCCGUCAUUAAUGCCCUGCUGGACAACGGCACCCGAUACAACCUCCUCAACUCAGCCAUCAUAGAGCUCUUUGAGUUCAUCAAAGUGGAGGACGUGAAGUCUCUCAUAGCUCACAUUGUGGAUAACUUCUACAAAGCACUUGAAUCCAUUGAGUACGUCCAGACUUUCAAGGGUCUGAAAGGCCGGUACGAGCAGGAGAAAGACCGGCUGAGUCAGAGGCUCAACAGAUAUCGCAGAGACGCACGGUCGUUGGACGAGGACGAGGAGUUGUGGUUCAACGAUGACGACGACGAUGACGAUGGAGAGGCUGUGGAGAAGAGCCGAAUGGAGGAUGACUUCUCCGACAGCUACGGCAAGUACAUGGAAGCCAAAAAAGGAGCUGCCAACGGAGCGAAUGGUGCCAACAAUAACGGGAAAGCUGCUGUAAUCCCACCUGCCUCACCAGCCCUCACUCCAAACAACAGUUCAACCUCCUCCGUCAAAACAGUUGCUCUUCCCGCCACACCAGUGGUGAAGACGGCUCUGGUUGGUUUGGUGGACUACCCUGACGACGAGGAUGAAGAGGAAGAAGACGAGGAGGAAGAGGAGCAAUCUCCAAGGAAGCGGCCCCGCCUGAGCUCUUAAGGCUAACUGUCCUCUGUUUGGUCGUAGUGGACGGACACUUGAGUCCCUCCCAUCCUCCCUCCUCUGGUCGUCUCAUUGGUCCUUGGCCUAACUGUGCCACCUGUCAGUCUCACUGAGGAGACGGGCAAAGACGAGCUCCCACCUCACCCAGCCCCCUCCUGAUCUCUGCUGCUCUCUUCUCCCUCAGUGGAAGGAGAUGGAGAGCGUCUCUGUUGGAGAGAAAGACAAAUCAGUCUGUUCCUUCAGCCUGUUGAUUUUACCUUUUUUUUUUUUUUUAUAACGGCCUCUUCUAGAAGAUCCCAAAACUCCCAUUUCUUCCUCCUGAGGAGAAACUCAUUGACUCUUUGCAAACCCGCCCCUCCUCUCUUUCAUAACACUCCUGCUCUCCCAGGUCUGACCUCCUCCUCCUGAACAACUUUCUCCUCCUCAAUCCCCACCAUCCUACGUACCGACCAGAGGCGGCCUCGGUGGACGUAACGUUGCCAAGGCGGUUUCCCAACUCUGCUCUGUUGCUAUAGCAACGGUAGCAAGGAAGCUGCGGUACUGCAUCGACCCCCACAGGAACCCCUCACACGUCCUCAUUUGAACUCUCCCUACUUUUCAUCCUUCCUCGAACCCAAAACCAAUGAGCUCCAGAGACCGGGGAAGCCAGAACACAACCAGCCAGUGUACGAACUGUUCAGCAGGCCAGUCAGGCUAGCAGGACUAGCCGUCAUAGUUAUAGAAAGCUUGACUGGCUGAAGCAGUGUGUGCCGCCCUGCCACAGAACUGCUCACUUUUGUCGGGGUUAGGGGGGGGUCUAGGCAAUGUAGAAGAAUUAAAUGAAAUGUUGAGACGAGGGGGGCGGGGGGGUGACAUAUGUACCAGGACGAAAACCCAGCUGUAAUGAGGUUUAGAUCCAGAGGAGCAGGACUCAAAACCUACAGAAGCCAUGGAGUCAUUUUGGCCAAGGCACACACACGACACACACACACACACACACACACACACACACACACACGGCGUCUCACACACAGGACUGCGUUAGUCAGAAAACCUGUAUUUCAUGACUUUGUUAAAAAGUACUGUACAGAUGUUUUUUCUUUUCUUUCUUUUUAAUCAUUUUUUCCCCUGAUCUGAUUUUCAAAGGGGAGAGAGAGAGAUGCCUACCUACCUGUGUAUUUUUUGUUGUUGUUGCACAAAAGGUGGGGGUCACUGUUCACCCUUUCAGUCCAGUUCAUUUGAUUCAAUGUACAAAAUGCAGAGAAGUUGAAAAUGCUGGUUUUAAAAAAGAGAAAAAAAAAAUAACGUAUUAAAACUGCAGUAAAGUCAUUUUUUUUUUUGCAGCCAACAUUUCGGAGGAUGUCUGGAGUUUUGUAUUUUAGUGGAUUUAAGAAUUUAGUGGCCUCAUUACGAUGCGCACACACAGCCUGGUUUUCGUUUCUAACUGGGGGACAAACCUGAGCGGUCGGUGUGCUUAGAGUAGAUUUAGUGCUCACACUUGUUUUCUGAAGGUUCAUGACUUGGCACCCUUCUCUCAGACAGAUCUCAGGUUCAGAGUUCAAUUUACGUCAGAAACAAACAAAUAAAAGCUACCCACCAUGUCUGAGCACUGUAACACUGCUAGCUGGUGAAACACCCGGGGGCUUUAUGUGCCAGAGGGCUUUUAUCCCAGUUUGAACACCAGUUGAUCCAAGUUUGAAGGUCUGUGACAUAAAAACAACUCUCCAGAUCAAAAAUAAGGAAUUGAAGGAAAACCUUUUUUUUAUUUUUUUUAAGUUUAAUUCAUAUUCUAUGAUUGGAUGAGCUGUUUUAUCAGUUAUGAAAAGAUGAUUUAUCCCCAGAGUUGAUGCAGUGCAGUUAUGGAAGUAAAACUGUGUUGCUUAAGUCAAAAGUAUUUCUGACCAUCACACAGGUUUGACGAUGUCGGAUGAGACAUGUCAUUGUCGUAUCUUCUCUCCUGGUCUCACCACAAGCACACUGAGAGGCAGGAGAGGAGAAGGGAAUCAAACAUUAGCUAGAAAAUGCCAGAUCACACAGACUUGUGUCUAGAACUUCUGCGUCACAAGCAGCAGGGUCGGAGCACAUGUCAAAUUAUUAUUGCCAAUGAUGUGCUUUUUCAGGAGUUUCAGCCGUACACCAUCAGCGGAUUGUCUUUCCCUCCUGUCUGUCAGCGUCAACCAACAAUUUGACUCUUUCUGCUCCUCCCCCUCUUGAUGAAUUUGUACCAAGUGCAUUUACUACCACUAUCCAUUCUUAACAUUUGUAUGACUUUAUUUGAUAAGUUUUGAAAUUAAAUGUGACCCUGACAUUGAA